GAUAACACGACGGCGAUGCUGCGGGAGUGGCUGGAGGCGGUGGGGAAGGACUAUCACUCGGUGGUCUGGAAGGUGCAGGAGGAGCCCAGCUCCUACCCCGACGAGCUCGGGCCCAAGCACUGGAGCGACAAACGCUACGAAAACCUGAUGAGGCUGAAGCAGGAGGCUCUCACCUAUGCACGGGAGCAGCGGGCGGACUACGUCCUGUUUGUGGACACCGACAGCAUCCUGACCAACAACCAGACCCUCAAGUUUCUCAUGGCACAGAACAAGUCGGUGGUGGCCCCCAUGCUGGACUCGCAGACCUUCUACUCCAACUUCUGGUGUGGCAUCACGCCCCAGGGAUACUACCGCCGGACGGCUGACUACUUCCCCACCAAGAACCGACAGCAGGUGGGCUGCUUUGCUGUCCCCAUGGUCUACGCCACCUUCCUGAUUGACCUGCGGAAGGAGGAGACGUCACGGUUGGCUUUCUACCCGCCCCAUCCCAACUAUACCUGGGCCUUCGACGAUAUCAUCGUCUUCGCCUACUCCUGCCAGGCGGCCGGUGCGGAGGUCCACGUGUGCAACCAGCAGCGCUUUGGCUACAUCAACGUCCCCGUGAAGGCCCACCAGACGCUGGAGGACGAACGCGCCAACUUUGUGCAUCUCACGUUAGAGGCCAUGGUGGAUGGCCCCCCCAUGCAGCGCUCCAGGCACAUUUCCCUCCUCCCCAAGCCACUCACGAAAAUGGGCUUUGAUGAAAUCUUCCUCAUCAAUCUGGUGCGGAGGCCAGACCGGCGUCGGCGGAUGCUGGCGUCCCUGCGGGAGCUGGAGAUCGCCCCGCGGGUGGUGGAUGCCGUGGAUGGGAGCACCCUCAACAGCAGUGACAUCAAGGUGCUGGGCGUGGACCUGCUCCCUGGGUACUACGACCCCUUCUCUGGCCGCACGCUCACCAAGGGCGAGGUCGGCUGCUUCCUCAGCCACUACCACGUCUGGAAGGAGAUCGUGUCCCGGGGGCUGGAGCGGUCAGUGGUCUUCGAGGACGACGUGCGCUUCGAGGCCGCCUUCCCGGCGCGGCUGCAGCGGCUGAUGGAGGAGCUGGAGGGGGCGCAGCGUGACUGGGACCUCAUCGAGGAUUACAAGCGGCACUUCGCCCCCCGGGACCUGCUGGUGUUUUCGGCUCACCCCCUCCUGGUUUAUCCCACCCACUAUGCUGGGGACAGCAACUGGCUGAGCGACACCGAGACCUCCACCAUCUGGGAUGACGAUGCCAAGAAGACCGACUGGGCUGGCUCGCAGAAGACCCUGAGGGACUCACGGGGUGGUGCCGGCCACCUCCGCUCCACCGCCCAUGACGAGCUCUGAUGGGACGAGGGAUUGUGAUCCAGCUGGGAGCACUGCGGGCCAGUGGCCUGAUCCUGCCUGCUCCCGCUUGAGAGAUGCAGCUGCCCUGGACAGAUCCCCCCAGGGUCCUUCGAAUCUGCACGUGGCGAAUCCACCCAAGGCAGGAUUUGCCCCAGGGCUCCUGGAGAGCACUUUCACUGCCAGGUGGAGGGACCAGGGGAGCGCUGUGCUCCGUCUCUGCUGAGGACACGUCUCCAGGACUGCCCUGAGCGAUGCCAACUCCGCCAUCUCCCACCGGCUUGGACUUUGGGGAGCGUUUUUCAGGCCGGGGGCUGGCUCCCAUGGUGGCACACGUGGCCUCCUGCCGCCGACCGGGCUUGUCCCUUGCCUGUGCCAUGUCUGGGCUGAAGCGCAGGGAGGAUUAAAGCAGACUGUGUUUG